CUAAGAUGGCGUCGUUUGGAAGUACUCGUUAGUUUGGCUUGUAAAUAUCUUGUUGAAUUAAUCUAAUAAAAGUGUAGUGUAUUAAAAUAAAAAACAAUGAAGAAAUCACCAUUAAGUAUGCCGGGCGGUAGUAGAAGACAGAAUGAUCAUCAGUGGAAAUCUUAUGGUGAUACGAGAAAUACUAAUUGUUCAAAUGUUGAUUAUAAACGCGGUUAUUAUUCUUUCAAUAAUAGUGGCGAAAUGUAUCAAAGUGAUAACGGCUUUAUUCCGUUAAAUAAUAGUACGCCAAUUGGAAAAAAACAAUACACUAAUAAUAAACACGUUUCGAAGUUUCGUCGAAAUCAUUUCAAUCCGGGUAAUAAUAGGUUUUCUUAUAAUAAUAAACCUAACAUCUUUUCGUGCACAGACCCAUAUUUGAAAUAUAGUCCUCCUGUUUAUAAGAAUUCUGGUUAUGCACAUCGAAGACAUAAUAAGAAUAUGAACAAAGAUGAUCAUAACCAAGUAGAUAUAUCCGAUUUUAUCGAUAUGGAGUCUGUAUUCGAAGAUCCGUGGGCUGAGUUAGAGAAAAAAUUAGAAAACUCUAACAAUGUAAAUGCUUCUGAUGGAUGUUCCAGUAUUUCUAAUAUCAAAGCUAGUGAUAACAUAUCUUUCUGCGAUACAGAUUCUCAAAAUAAUUUGGAAAACGAACAAUCUCAAUGUCAGUCGAUAGAUGCACGUUUAGAAAUUAGCGAUUGUGGUUCCAAGUCUAUCAUUGAUAAUUUUUCGGAUAAUAAAUUUGAUGAUACUAAUUUGAAUUUGUCGUCGUGCAAUGUUAGUAACGAUUAUAAUCAUGCAGCUAAUGAAGAAGAUGACAAACAAGAUAUAUAGCAAUCGAUGAAAGUUGCACAUAUAAAUCAUAUAUAAUAAAAAAAAAAAAAAAACA